CCGGCGCACCUACCGCGCUUUGCCACUCGGCCCCAGCCCCGGAUCCUCAGCAUGUCGGAGACCGCGCCCGCCGCGCCCGCCGCCGCCCCCCCGGCGGAGAAGGCCCCCGUAAAGAAGAAGGCUGCCAAGAAGCCUGCGGGGGCGCGCCGCAAGGCGUCCGGGCCCCCGGUGUCCGAGCUCAUCACCAAGGCCGUGGCCGCGUCCAAGGAGCGCAGCGGCGUGUCCCUGGCCGCGCUCAAGAAGGCGCUGGCGGCCGCCGGCUACGACGUGGAGAAGAACAACAGCCGCAUCAAGCUGGGCCUCAAGAGCCUGGUGAGCAAGGGGACCCUGGUGCAGACCAAGGGCACCGGCGCCUCGGGCUCCUUCAAGCUCAACAAGAAGGCGGCCUCCGGGGAGGCCAAGCCCAAGGCCAAGAAGGCGGGCGCGGCCAAGCCCAAGCGGGCGGCGGGGACGGCCAAGAAGCCCAAGAAGGCAGCGGGGACCGGCACCCCCAAGAAGAGCGCCAAGAAGACCCCGAAGAAGGCCAAGAAGCCCGCCGCGGCCACCGUCGCCAAGAAGGUGGCCAAGAGCCCCAAGAAGGCGAAGGCGGCCAAGCCCAAGAAGGCGGCCAAGAGCGCGGCUAAGGCCGUGAAGCCCAAGUCGGCCAAGCCCAAGGUUACCAAACCCAAGAAGGCUGCGCCCAAAAAGAAGUAGGUUGUUGACCGUUUGCUUCUAAAACCCAAAAAAGGCUCUUUUCAGAGCCACCACUCCUCCCCGAGAAAGAGCUGAACAUUCUGUACUCCGGCCUCUUUACCCUUAAGUUCCAAGACGCGGUGGGUGGUCGGCCCGGAGCCCCUACGCCAGCGGGAACGGGGCCGGGGAGCGCGUCCCGGGCUCCGCGGUGCCCCGGGCCUCCUCGCAGGAGGGGUGCGGAAGCGCCGUCCGGAGGCCCCGCCCGCCCCGCGCUGCGAGCACCGAGAACCACCGUCCGUCCCGCCUGCCAGUCCCUGCCUUCACGGAUCCCCCGAUUGGGUCGGAAAGUCAUUUGAAAGUCCCGCCCUGCUCGCGGGUUGGCCCAUCUCGCCGCCCCGGAUUCUCCUCAUCUAACUCCAGUGGCCUCAAUGAAGCAACUCCCUCUACCUCGUACAUCACUGUCCAGCCUCUCAGGUUUCACCAAGGCUGAAACACCAUUCAUCCUCCCUAAAACUGAUCAGACCUUAAAAAAUGCCCUCAGUAUUAGGUCCUGGAGAGAUGACUGGCUUUGCAUGGCUCGUCACCCUGACUUUUCUGGCCAUCCUCCUCCAGCACAGAGCUGGGGUUGCAAGACCAAACCACCAGAGGACAGCUACCUACAGAACCAGAUGCCCCAAAGGAUAACCUGCUGUCCAGCCAACAAGAUGCAGGGGAGAAAAACUGCCCAGGACUCAAAGGGAGGGAGAUUGAGGCUCGGAUGCCUACUAUAGCACUUCCUGGCCACUGAGCUUUGACAAUCUGCUUAAUGUCUCAGAGGUCUGGGUUUCUUGGCUACAAACUGGAAUUUCAUAGCAUCUCCUAUCUCACAGGAGAAGAUCAUUUACACAGAAUGAGAAACAAGAAGAUGGCUCCCAGGAGAGUGGUGGCUACAGACAGCAGUACACUGGGGGCAGCUCAUACCACUCGCCAGGGCCAACUGCUAAGCUUUCAGGCAUUUUGUGAGCUGCUUAUUUAAACUCAAUGAUUAUUAAAAAUUAAAUUAUAUACAUUUACAACUAAAUACCUUAUUUAAAAACCAAAGUUAAUAGAUAUCCCAUGUCUCCUGAUUAUUUUACUAGUAUCCUUACUCACGGGGUUGUUAACAUCUCUUGUGUGGUGGUGAUACUACAUUGUGUGCUACUGUGCAUUCCUUUGCAACUGACUCCACAUUUGGUCACAGGUAGUUUGGAAUCCACCAUGGUGGGAAUGGUUUCACCACAGAAAUAAGCCAUCACUACAAAUUAAAAGGGUUUCAUUUCUC